CUUCUCUCUGAUGAAAUUAUUUGUGCAUGCUGCUAUAAGGACAGCACGAUCUCAUGACGGGCCUGUGUAUCUGUAUAGAUUUGCUGUUGACGCCAAAAAUAAUGUUUUUAAGGCUGUUAUGUGCGGAAAUGUUCCAGGUACAUGCCAUGCGGACGAUGUACAAUAUUUGUUUAAACCAAAGCAUGCUAAAUGUUAUGAAAGUGGUACAGUCGAACGGAAUACUUCUGAAUUUCUUGCUUCUGCUUGGACAACUUUUGCAUUAUUGGGUCGACCAUAUGACUCAGAAUUGCAAACUGCACAUUGGCCUCUGUACAGUGAAAACGAAGCUUAUCAAUCAAAAUCGAACUAG